CUGGGCGCGCAGCCGCGAGGCAGGAGGAGGGCGGGGGCUCGCGGCUGCCUUCGCUUCCGGCGGGGAAGCCGGUGCCGGCUGGAGCGAUGGCGGCCGGAGGCGGCGAGGCCCGGGUCGCGGACGUGGAGGAGGACGCCUCGCAGCUCGUCUUCCCCAAAGAAUUUGAAACUGCUGAGACGCUUCUAAAUUCAGAAGUGCACAUGCUUCUUGAGCAUCGUAAACAACAGAAUGAGAGUGCUGAGGAUGAGCAGGAGCUUUCGGAAGUCUUCAUGAAAACUCUGAACUACACGGCUCGCUUCAGCCGCUUCAAAAACCGGGAGACCAUUGCCAGCGUCCGCAGUUUGUUGCUCCAGAAAAAGCUCCAUAAAUUUGAAUUGGCGUGUUUGGCUAAUUUGUGUCCUGAGACAGCUGAGGAGGCCAAGGCUUUGAUUCCCAGCCUAGAGGGCCGGUUUGAAGAUGAGGAGCUACAGCAGAUUCUUGAUGACAUUCAGACCAAACGAAGCUUCCAGUACUAGGGCUAAUUACUAGCCCUUAUUAUGAAAAGAAAGAUCAGAGAAUUUCAAAUGUUUCUGUGCACACCAGUCCAAUCUAGCUAGCUCCAGGACAGAGUAAAGAGAGUUCUUGAUGCACAGUACUUCAGCCUUGGGUCCCGCACAGACAUGUUUAAACUGGGGACCACUCUUUGACUUGUUGGAAACUGUAAACUUGACAAAGACUCAUUUGCAGUGAGAGCCAUGGAAUCUUGUAAACUCCUGUCUCGGUGGUUUCGGUACCUGUUUCCCCCAACUCUCUGUCCCUACCAGGGGAAUCUUCAAAGUGUUUUACAUUACAGGGUCUAGGAUAAGCGUGGUGUGAUUCUUCUUUCUUAUGAACUCCAGUUACCUAAGGUGGAGAAAUUUUGUUCCCACUGGUUGUUGGAAAUCCUAAUAGUUUGUAGAAUCAGGGCUAAUAAGAUUCUGAGUGUCUUUUGAAAUGUUUUUUUUAAGAAAAUAUUUUUUUCCUCCUUCAAGAGUGUAUAUUUGUUCAGUUUGAAUUAAAAUGUGAUGUUUCUUAUUA